AUGCAGGCUCUCCUCUGUGCCUCGGCAAACCAACUACGGCUACUUCACCACCGUCGCUUCGAGAAAGAGGCCUGGGUGUACCGCGCCAAAACCCUUGGGUCGGUGCGAAGGGAACUAGACAACUUCAUGACUGGUUUGACUCUGGACACGACAUCAUUUGAGCAACUUCUCGCAUCUGUCCUCAUGUUGUGUUUUGUCGAGAUCUCCAACGACGCUGCCGACACUUGGAUGGUCCAUUCCGCCUGUGCCCAGGUGUUACUGACGUCAGCAUGCCGAUACAGUGCUCGAUCGCCGGAGCGAGACAACCUUUGUGACUUCAUACAUUUAUAUUUUGCGGCUCACGAUGCUCUUGCUCGAACUUCCUGGAUCGAUCCCAGAAGACAAGACUGGUGUUUUCCUGUCAGCGAUGACCAUAACCACAUCAACGGGCUCACGGGGUGCUCCAAAGAGCUGUUGAAUCUAAUUAUGGCAACGACUGAUCUAGCAAAUGCAAUGCCCGAAGCGAAACGACAUUCAAUGGAAGGAUUGAAUUGGGAUGCUGAGCAUAACUUCUACCAUAUUAGGCAAAGAGACGAGGUUGAAAGGCGCCUGCAUCAGCUUGAGCAAUGGCUUCCAUCGAACUAUAUGUCACGGCCUGACAUCCCGCCAUCAACUUCAUCGAGCAGGUCUCCAACCUCGGAGCCGGACUCUCUCCAUGACCUGGAAGUCAUUGCUGAAAUAAAGCGUCUAGCCGCUCUGAUAUAUUUCUAUGCGCGUAUCGACCGAGCAACUCCUGAGCAUCCCCAACUUGUCCGACUCACGGCUUCUAUGCUCAAUAUGGUACCGCAAGCGCCCGUUUCGGCCAAUGCACUUCUCUGGCCCUUGUACAUUGUUGGCACACUUGGAAUACAGAGCAAUCAAGACGGGCAUCGCGCCUUAGUGUUGGAAAAGCUCGAAGCUCUAGACAGACGAAGGCAAUUACGCAACGUCAAAGAUGUCCGUGAAGUGGUCAUGGAUAUCUGGAAGCAGCGAGACCUGCAGUCACUCUCCUCCAGAGAGUUGUGCUGGAGCGAUAUAGGUAUGCGUCACGGCAAAAGGAUCAGCCUCGCUUGA